AGCUCUUCUCGUUGUCGCCCAUAGGCACACGUGACGAACGGCGUAUUCAACGCACACUGUAACAAAUCCCACCGAAACCUCCCCUUAAAUAGAGUAUUUGCUGCUUUCCUCAUCCUCAUGUGGUGGUACCUCCUCGCCUGCGAACUCGCCCUCGGCGCGCCGCUAGUAAUGGCAGCGCUGUGGGCUGUGCAGCACGUGCCGCGGUGGGAAUGGACCUCCUCGACGGUGCUGCUCACCGGGGGCAGCGCUGGGAUCGGGCUGUCAACGGCUGAGGCCCUUGCCCGCAAGCGGGUGCCUUACCUCGUUCUCGCCGCGCGGCGGGAGGCGGUGCUGCAGGAGGCGGUGCAGCAGGUGAAGGGAGUCAUUGCGCAGUGUGGCAGCCCCACACGGGUGUCGUACAUCGUGAUGGACGUGUCUGACGAGGCCUCCGUCGCGACUGGGGUGGCGCAGGCGACCGUUCAGUGCGAUGGACACCGCAUCAACCUCUUAAUCUGCAACGCUGGCUUCGCCUACCCCGCCCGCUUUGUGGACAGCACGAUGCAGAACGCCCGCCAGAUGAUGGAGGUGAACUACUUUGGGUGCCUCAACGUUGUGUGGAAGGUGCUGCCGGACAUGCUGUCGGCGAAGCGCGGCCGUGUCGUGUUCACGAGCAGCAUGGUGGCGCGCGCCCCCAUCGCCGGCUACACCUUGUACAGCGCCACCAAGGCGGGGCUUCGCGCGUUUGCGCACAGCCUAGACAUGGAGAACAGCUGCCUCGGCGUGCGGGUGCAGGUUGUGAGUCCGCCGGACGUGGAGACGCCCGGGUACGCGCAUGAGAACGAGGUGAAGAGCCCCGAAUGCGCCGCCAUCUCCGCCUUUGGCGGGGCGACGCCGUUUUCUUCGGCAGCGAUGGCAGAGGCGAUCGUGCGCGGCAUUGAAGACUACACAUUUGAUAUUACGUUAGGAAGCGACGGCGCAUUACUGAACUACGGCUGUGCUGGAAUAGAGCCCGCCACGAGUGUGUGCGCGCUUCUUGUUCAGUGUACCAUCGCCGGCCUGCUGCGGCUGGGUCUCGCUGUCCUAUCGAAGCUGCACUACGGCAUCGUGAAGCGCGUGCGUGUAACCAACGUGUCUGCCGAGGCGCGAAAGGCUGAGAAGCGCGACUGA